GUGACGUAUCGGGGUCUUGGCUGCUCAGAGACAGGUGGAUGCCGAUUUUCAGACGCGCUAGCUGUUUCGCACAAUAAUGAGGCGGUGAAGUGAGAACAGAGGUAGAGUUCGCGUGUUUUCUGGUAGGUUCAUUGAUAGAAUCCGUUGUUUUGUGUCCAAAUGACGACCACCACGACAUUUCAGGGGAUGGAGCCCGGCGCAAAAAGCAGUUCCAGGGUUUUGCGUCCUCCUGGUGGGGGCUCCAACAUUUCACUUGGCUCAGAGGAGGAGAAGCUUCCUGCCAAGAAAAACAAGAUGGCCUCCAGUGUUUUUGCUGAGCCGGAGGAUCCUUACGCCAAUCGAAGGAACAACCCACCAGGAGGGAAGCCAUCAGGCGUGCUGUGUGGUGAAUCGUCUGCCCCCCUCAGAAGAGGUGGAAACAACUCUGUCAAUCACUGUGGAGAAUGUCCUGCCAUGGACGGAGUGGACUCUGUAGGUGAUACUGAAAAUGGCCCUGCUGAUCCAGAAGCAGCUCCUCAGCAGCUGGAGGAGCCCGCUCAGGUGGACGAGCCUGCUGCAGGUGCACCAUCUGGACGUCGAAACCCCCCAGGGGGCAAGUCCAGCCUCAUUCUGGGUUAAACGCCACACACCGUCCCUCCUUACCUCCACUCAUGUCUGAACUCAUCUUUUUUUAUGUGGAAAACCAAGAAUGUGCAGCUCAUCUGUGUGUAGGAACCCUCUUUCUGUCCUCCAAGUGCUUUGUUUUGAUACGUCUUUUAUGACAGCAAGUUUUUUAGUGUUUAUUUCCACAGACGCACUUUAUGUACUGUUUUUAUGGUUGGCCUUUGCUCCUGCAGUCACACCUGCCAGGAAGGGCACAAGGUUCAUGUUUUGUCUCAAAGCAUUUCAUAUUUGUCCCUGAAGUGUUGCAGUGCGAGCUUAUCAUACGUGUGCUAGACAAACGAGCAGCGCGUCACGCUUUACAUGCAUGUCUGAUCUGAACGAAUGUGAGAACAGUUUUAACUGUGAGGAAGUGUUUUUAUUUAACAUGUUUUUUAGGGGUUUUGUGAAAUAAUAAUUGUAUGCUUGUUGCAUGAAGUAUUUCUACUGAAUCUAGUAAUAAAGUCCACCCUGAAGGUGCAACAGUUCUGAAAUAUGACACUCUGAACCAUGUUGUUGUUGUUUUCAUGUUACCAACCUAAGAUUAUCAUGACCCCAGUGCCCGUUUGAAGUGACCUGAGUUUUUACAGAGACACGUGAAUUUGUUAAAAGCACACUGCCAGUGAACGCACCAUGUUUUCUUUCUGUGUUGUUGGUCCUGACUUCGAAGUGACCUUAUGACAGCCCAGUCUUCGCUCCUCUUCAUCACACACGUCACAACCAGUCAGACAGUAUUCAAUAAUUGUGUACAACUGCUGUGUCCACUGCUGUCAUUUGAUGAGAUCUCUGUUAGACCC